AUGGAGGUGUUUCGUAAAGAGGACUUGGAUGCCAAGAACAAUAAAACUUUGGAAAAAGUAAUGGAAAAUUAUAGUAAUUAUUUAAAAUUUCAGCGAGACCUGAGAAAAGCCAACCCGAAAUAUAGUGUUAACACUAUAAGUAAACGUGGGGCGCAGCUUUGGCAAUACUUAAAUGCUCCAGAUAAAGCAUUACGGGACGAGAGAUCUCAAAGCAAUAAGAAAAAACAACAUAAGGAGACAGUCAAGGCAGGUGUCAAUUCUGUCAAAAAUAGUGACAAGUUUAAGACGGCGCUCAAACGACGAGCAAAGUCCCCUAAAUAUGCGACGAAACGAAAAAGACCUAGACUUGAAGUCUGUGUGAGUACUAGCUUGGAACCUGAACCAAUGAGUAGCCAGGUAACACAAAGACCUCAAUUAUUAAAGGAAUUAGCGACUGAAACGAAAGCAUCGAAAUCUCCAAUGAGAAGGAAAAUAGCGAAGAGACGAACUGUGUCCCAAAAAAAGGCGAAUGCGAAUGUAACUCUGGACAACGAAGCUCGAGAAAGAUCAGUGUUGGCGAAGAAAACAGCACAAUUAUUGAAAGAUUUGAACAAUGAAGCGAUUGAAGGCCAGUUGAAAAAGCCAAAUAAACUGAAUACCCCAUAUUCAAAAGCUGCUCUUCCAGAAGAAUAUGGUUCACUUCGCAUGUCGGAGUUCAAAAGUCUGAAUGCAACUUACUCUAAAUCACCUAACCAUUCGAUGGUUGGAAAAUCGCCAAAGAGAACGAAUAAAUCGAAAGUAAAAAGAAAAAUUAGCUCAAACUUCAGCUCAGAUGAAGAGUACGAACCAAAGAUUAAGAGUCGAAGAGAACAAAGUAAACCGGCGAAGUCCUCAAAAACCAAAAAAGUGACAAGAAGACAAGCGGGAAAUAAAUCUACAUUAAAAAGGAUAAGAUCAGUCGUCACAUGUGGUAUUGAAUCCCAAGAAGCUCGUAAGGCAUUGCCAAAGAAGCGAAAACCCCAGAAAUCAAUGAGCACCAGAUCUUCAAAAAGACACAACAAAUCUAAAUUAAAAAAGGUAUCAUCAAAUAUAAGCCACAAUAAAGUAUAUGAAGCAUUUGAUAAGUCAUCUAUUAGAAGUCGCAUGGCACAACUGGUAAAACAAUUUCUUGUUGAACAUAAAUCUACAGACAAACUGGAGAGUGGCAAAAAAUCUAAAAAAAAGCUUAAACCUAAAUUAAAGAAAUUGAUACCAAUAACACCAAAAUCUAGUAAAACUGAAGAACACGAACUGGAGAGUUUAAUGCACAAGAAUCGAAGUACUCAGGUUUUUAUGGAUUCAAAUACUGAAAAUAAUUACCCAUCGCCAUCAAACGUAAUUAACCGAAUCAAUUCAGCGCAGCAAAGUAGAGCGAGUAGCAUUAAAACAGAUGACAGUUUCAAUUUAUUGUUCAAUCCGGCACAUAAGCCACCGAUGAAGAGCAAAAGUGCGGUUCUGUACAAUGAAUUGACUGGGAAAAAUAAACCUCGCUACAAAAAGAGCAGACAAUGGAUAAAUCAAUCUAAUCUAAUGGAAGUGAGAGCAAAUAUCAAUUCAAUACGAACAACUCCAGCUACUGAUUAG